CUCCCCCAUGGGAAGGACAUAACAGGAUACCGGGAUUCCGCUCACAGGCCACAACACGGGCGGCUGCGAUUCGGUUCACCGAAAAAGCGGCAGCGAAAUGUUGGCACUGAGUACUAUCUUUAGCCUGCUCCUUCUGUGCUAUCUGGUGGUGCAGUUCGUCAAACUGCAGAGAGAAAUAAGGAAGUUUCCACCCGGACCGGCGCCGAUCCCGAUUAUUGGAUGUUUAUGGCAACUGAAAUUCUUUCGAUUAGACCGCAAGAUCCUGACGGAGGUGGCCAAGUCCUUCGGGAAUAUUUACACCCUGUGGUUUGGAUGGACCCCCGUGGUUAUCUUAAAUGGAUUCCAAGCAGUGAGGGAUGGCCUCACUACCCACCCAGAAGACGUCGCAGGCCGACCACUGGCCCCCUUCUUCCAUGAUAUGGCGAAUAACAAGGGGAUUCUGCUGGCGACUGGCCGCACAUGGAAGCAUCAGAGACGAUUUUCCUUGAUGGCUCUGAAAAGCCUGGGCUUGGGGAAGACCAGCCUGGAGUACCAGAUCCGAGAGGAAGCCGGCCACCUCGUGGAGAACUUUUCUAACAGCAAAGGUUUACGUGGUGCAAUAGCAUUUGCUCUGGCGAUACGGGACACAGAAUCGCAGCCUAAGCAGAUGAUGUUUACAACUACCUUACUCAUUGUGUUUUUCACAGUCUGGGUGUUUGGAGGGGGCACCACACCAAUGCUUACAUGGCUCCAAAUCAGGGUUGGUGUUGAUCCAGAUGAGGAUCUGAAGACAGAAAUUGCUGAUCAGACUGCAAAUAACCUGGAUAAAAACACAACCAAAGCAGAAAGUGCCUGGCUCUUCAGAAUAUGGUACGGUUUUGAUCAUAAAUAUUUGAAGCCCAUUCUCACCCAUGCUGGGCCACCACUUACUACAACUUUACCAGAAUGGUGUAAUCCUGUAGCCAGAUUGCUAACUAGCCCUAGAGCAUAUGGGGAGCAACUGAAGGACGAUGAUGUGGACUUUAUUAUCAAUAACGAUGAACUGGCAAUAAAUUGUCCAACCUCAGACUUUUCUCCAAUGCCAGCGCAGAGCUCAGGAGACGCACCCCACCCUCCAGGCAAAGAAAACAUUUAUGAAGGGGAUCUUGGCUUAGGAGGAUAUGAACUCAAAUCUGAACCUACUCCAUGGGAAUCGUCAGCCUGAAGUCCAGUGAAAAUAUAUAUAUGACAAGCAGCACAAGAAGGAAUGCAAGCCAUGCUUAUUCUGCAGAGUUAGCAAGAAGCUAAAAAAUGUAUAAAGGGCAUAAACUGAAAAGAAGUACAACUUUGCUGAAUCUCUCCCUGAAGCCUGGAGCAAUGAGAAUUUAUUAUCAUCCCAUAUAUUAUGCAUCUACAGUUAAUUUUUCUGACAGUGGGCAUUUUUAAUAACAGAAUAGAGGGAGCUGCCUAUAUGCCAAUGACAUAUGCACUCAUAGGGCUGGAACCUAUGAUUCCCUUCUUCUAAGCUGGAUCCCAUGACUCUCUCCCAGUAAGUCUUCCUUCAACAGAGAAAGACUUCCUCCAAUGGAGAAUAAUUGUUUUCCAGUGAAAGAAGACUUUCCUCCAUCAGAUGAAGCUUUUCUAGGCUGAAGGAUGUCUUUCUCCCUUGGAGGAAGAUUUGACAGAGGGGAGUGAUAGGAUCCAACCCAUCUUCUCUGAUCAGACAUCAUAAUUCCCGGUCCAAUCUCACAUAUGUACAAAGGCCUUUGAAUAUUUUUCUUCUAAUUCAUUCAGUAGAGGGAAGCAUAGGAACUGAACUGGCUACUCCAUGCUCCAAAUAGCAUCUGUGGCAUGAAAUGGACUGUUCUUCUGUAGAAGCUGAUAGGUUUCUUUUCCCAUCACCAUUACAGAGCAUUAGGAUUCUUUCAGCAUGUGGUGUUUUGCUGAUAAAGGGUUAAUAAUAUAGUGUACACACACACAAAAAGAAACCCUAGGCAUUGAUAUAUGAGCUGCUGAAGCCUAAACAGAUCAAUAAGAG